CCGGACCGUUAGAUGGGGAGCUCGCGCUUCCUCCCCGCAUUGUGACGCGCGCAGCGGAGGAAGAACUCGCGUUUCUUCCCUGCAUUGUGACGCGAGGAAUGCGCCGGAGAAGGACGCGGAAGAGGCGGUGAUAAUGAUCGGAGGGUGAUACUGCUCACAGAUUGAUUGUCGUCUACCUGCGCGCAGGCCGGAAUCAUGUGGCUCGUCGUGGCCCUCCUGUCGGUGCUGCCGUUCACCUUUUUUGACUUCUGGUACUUUUUGCGUGGAGUCCUGGUGUUGCUGCUUGCUUCAUUCGAAACCCCGGUGAAGGAUAUCCUGAAGGAGCAGACGGUCCGCGGUGUUGUGCUAUUCCAAGACAUAGAUUUUCUGGGCCACAUGAAUAAUUCUCGAUACUUGCGGGAGUGUGAUUUUGCCAGAUUCUCGCUGUACGUCCGCAAUGGUAUAUUCCAAGUAACAAGAAAGUUAAAAGCUAAUAUGGUGCUUGGUGCUGCAACAAUACGAUAUAGACGUUCUCUGAAUUUAUUUGAACAGUUCAAGAUUCGAUCAAGGAUUCUUUGCUGGGAUGAAAAGGCAUUCUAUGUCGAGCAGGAGUUCAUCUCCUGCAAGGACAGCUUUGUUUGUGCCACCAUGCUGUGUCGACAGCAUGUGUUGUACAGUACUCCAGAAAAGUUGCUGCAGACCCUAUGUAAGAGGAAGGUUGAAUGUCCAGAUUUUCCUGAAGAACUACAGCUGUGGAUCAAAUAUAACCUUGCCAGCAGUGCAAAGCUAAAAGCAUAAAGGAAUCUCAAUACCAGGACCAACAGCCCUGGGAAAACUAUCAAAAACACUGGAGAUCCAUGGUGAUAUUAGCUGUGAUGUGUCACUGGAAUUUAAACAUUCAGCUUGAUGCUUUAUUUUAUUUCAGCUCCUCAUCAAAUAUUUAUUUUGUGUUUCAAAGAAAUAUUUAUAAUUAUUGUUAUGAGCUUUACAGUAUAAAUCAAUGGCACAAGGUAGUACAUUCCUUAGAACCUGUAAUGUUAAUAUAUUGCUCUGUAUCCUUAUUGUGAAAAACAAUACACACCUAACUUUGGGAAAUACUUCUGGAUGUUUGAUGGAGAUCUUUGUCAACGUAUAUUAAAAAUAACUACAUUCGUAAGUCUUAGCUCAAAGUUCAGAGUAAUCAUUUUCAUGAUGCCUGUCACAAAUAAUGUUUCAUUCCCAAAAUGUUCAUACCUGAACCAGUCUAAUUUCAAGUGAUAAGGAGGGGGUUUGCUGGCUACCUAAUUGUGGCCUGUAUAAACCAUCAUGUCUGAUUUAAUGUACAGGCAAACCUUUAAAUGAUCACCCAGUACUUCCAAGUAAAACGGGUGAGUGAUUGUGUAAAUGAGCAAGCCAAAUUUGUAGAACCCGGAUGUAAUUUUAACGCACAAUGUAGGUUCUCAUUGCUUUGUAUCAGGCAGAGUUGGGACUAAUCAGCAACAUCUCUUAAAUGAAUCAGUGAAAAAUGCUCAAGAAAAAGAAAAGCCUUCAGUUUUCAUAUUAAAGAAAAAUGAUUUUCAGGGGCCAGCAGAAACAGGGCCAAGAUAAAAUCUGCACUCAGAACCCAUGAAAGACAGGAUUGUACAGGACACACACAGUAUUAGAAAACUGGUCACACUGAUAGUCACUGGAGUUCCUGCAGAGGUUAUCCAUUUUGAUUACAGGAGACAAUGACAUUUGUGAAAUUCAGGAUUGUGGGUACAAUUCACCACAUGAUUCAUUGAAAACAGAAGCUAAGUUUCUUCACUUAACCUCAGAGGUUUAAUUAGAUCAUACCACUGUACAACAGUAAUGAAAAUAAAUAAAUUAUUUUCUUCAUCUUAUUCUAAGUGCAGCAAGAUAUGUUCCUUGUGGGUCAAGAUAGGGUUAAUGUAGAGAAGGCUGCACAAGUCAUGAAAUUGCACCAAACAACACCCAAGGUUAUUCAGUUCUUCACUUUAAUCCACCAGUCUUCACUUUAAUCCACCAGCUCAGGUAAUCCUGGAAGUUUUAGCAAUAGCACAGAAAUAUAUCACGUAAAAUAAGCAUCUGAUGGAUUACUACUGAACAGAAAUUUAGCUGGGCCAUACAAAAUAUGGCAGCUACAAGAGCAGAUCAGAGAUUACGAAUCCUACAUGAAGUAGCUCAAUUCCUGAACUCCCAAUGCCUGCCCAUCUACAAGACAGGAAAAUGAUGGAAUACUGUAUUUGAUUGGAUAGGUAUAGCUCCAACAACACUGAAGAAGUUUGACAUCAUUAAUAACAAAUGGCCUGCUUCAUUGAUACCCCAUCCACCACCUUCAACAUCCAUACCCUUUGCCACUUAUGCACAGUAACAAUGGUGGUUACCGUCAAUAAGAUACAAUGCACCAAUUUGGCCAUGCACCUUGGCAUCUUCCAUAACCACAACUCAUCACUAAGAAGAAAACAGGGCUGGAGGAUGCAUGAAACUCCACAAUUAGCAAUUUCCCCUCCACAUCAUACACCAUCCUGACUUGAAAUUAUAUCAUGUUUCUUCACUGUCCUGGAUCUCUCUUGAUAACAGCACUCUGGGUGUACCUGCACCUCAAGGACUGCAGCAGUUUGAAAAAGCAGCCUGCCACUGCCACCACCAAUACCUUCUGAAGAGCAAUUAGAGAUGGAAAAAUGAGUAAUGGCCUGGACAGCAAUGCCCACAACACGUAUCUAAUAAGUGAGCAAAGUAAAUGGUGGGGCAAGCCAAAGAGGUGGUUAAGCCUCCGGGUUAAUGGGGCUGAGAAAAAAAAGUUUCAAAGGAGCAUGUUUGAGCAACCAUCACACUUCUAUGCAGAAACUAGGCCAUGGUCAAGUUUGUUCUGUGGCUGAAAAAAAAGCAUGGUUUUAUAAAAAUUGAAAGAACGUCUAGCCUGUACUGUCACUAUUGGCUCUCUGCAAGAUUAGCUGAGUUCUUCCCACCCUCCCCAUUUUUUCCCCAUAGUUCUGCAAGUACUCUCUCUUCAGAUGAUGAAGCAAUUUGAAAGCCAUGACUGAAUUUGCUCCUGCUGUAAUCUAAGACAAUGCAUUCCGGAUCCCAACCACUUACUGUAUAAAAUUUUCCAAUAUUUUGACAUUCUGUUAAUCAGAUAGUUAAUCUGGAUCUACACUGUUCUGGCAAUUGCAUUGUGUCUUACAGCCAGUAUGUAUGUAUACCUGUAACAGAUAUGGUCUAGAUAUCACUAUCACAGCAUGUGACCUGACAGUACAAAGGUCUCAAACUCCACCUCAACUCUGGACACCUGAAGCAUGAUGUGCUGAUGGAAGCAUGUUGCUCUUUGCAAAUGGAGAGUUUAAUGUUAGCCUGGACAUGAACCCGCCUGUGAAUGUAAUAUUUAUGUAUGUUAGUGUGCUAUAAUAAAUGUG